AUGGAGACUGGGAAAUAUCUCCUGAUCAGCGUUUUGCUGAUGCCCAUGGCGAUCGGACAGCCGCUGUCUUGGUGCGACCCGCAGCUCUGUCCGGAGGGAAAGGUGCAUAUUGCGUGCAACAACAACGGAAAGUUCCAUGAGACCUGCUCGGAGGAUGCCACCAUGGUGAAUCUGAAGCCGCAUCGGUCGUUCAUCCUGAAUGAGCACAACAAGCGGCGCAACUUCAUCGCCUCGGGCUCGCUGCCGGGCUACUUUCCGGCUACGCGGAUGGCCACCAUGGUGUGGGACGAGGAGCUGGAGUAUCUGGCGACGCUCAACCUGAAGACCUGCAAUCUGGAGCACGACGACUGCAACCACUCGUUCCGAUUCCGGAAUCUGGGUCAGAAUCUGUGCGGCGUGGAUCGCUACCGUAGUGCCCCAAUGAACGUGACCAAUCUGGUGGAGCAGUCGCUGGGUCUGUGGUUCGGCGAGCACCAUGUCAUCGACAGUAGCUUCAUCACCGACUUCCGGGUGACCAGCAAACUGGAAAAGUACGGUCACUUUGUGGAAACGGUGGUGGACAGGAACACCCAUGUCGGCUGCGCCAUGAUGCGCUUCACCAACCCGAAGUACCCGUUCCUUUACAUCUACAACACAGCAUGCAACUAUGCCAGCGUCUAUGCCAUCGGCGUCCCCGUCUACAAUGCGGGCUUACCCGCCUCCGAGUGCCUCACGGGCAACAAUCCGCAGUAUCCAGCCCUCUGCUCCGUGAAAGAGAAAUACAACCCAAACUACAAUAUAUACAAGGACUGAACCAAACUCUUCAUCGUUUUCGUUCCCAUUGAUCCCGAGACAAUCAUCUGUUUCUAAUU